AUGGAAAUACGGAUGAUAAAAGCACUGGCUUUUGUGCCCCCAGGCGAGGUUCUUGAAUAUUUUGAAGCAGCAUACGGGGCCUUGGAAUUUGCCGAAAGCAAGAAACUGGCAAAGUGGUUCAAAAGAAACUACUUGGGGAGCUCCUCAUCGAGACCUCGAUACAGUCCGGACUUUUGGACAACGGGUGCUGCUAGUGAAACUAGUUUUCCUAGAACCCAAAACAGUGUCGAGGAAUGGCAUAGAUGGCUUAAGGUCGUAGUAAGCCAAAGACAUGCAAGUAUUGUGGUAUUUUUAAUGGCAAAUCGAGAAAAUAUGGCUGAAAAUGAAGAAAAAAUUUUGGAGCAGUGGCUGAACGAUGAAUUGUCUAUAGAUGAGGAGGAAUUUGAACCAAAUUUGGGAUCUGUGCGCAAUAAUAGCCCGAACAAUCAUUCAGAAAAUGAUUUCUCUGACAGUGGAGAAGAAUUUUUGUUGACAAGUGAUCACGAUUCAAAUUCUGAUUUGUCUGAAGAUGAAGAAGAAGAUGAAGCCGAAGCCGAAGUUAUUGAAGAAAAUACAUCUGGAUACUUCUAUGGAAAAAACAGAUUCAAAUGGGCUAGAGCACCACCUGCAAGAAACGCUCGUGUCAGGAGCCAUAAUAUAAUUAGAUUGCCUGGCACUACUUCUCGAGCCAGACCUAUUGAUCCAUAUAAUCCAAAGGAAUCAUUCGAGAAAAUAUUUGAUGUGGAUAUAAAAAACACAAUAUUAAAGUGGACAAACAUCAAAAUGGCAGCGCUCAGAAUUAAAUAUAAAUCAAUGGACCGUUUUGAACUAAGAGACUGCACUGAACAAGAGCUGGAUGCAUUUUUGGGUCUUUUGAUCUACUCAGCUGUAUUCAAGUCAAAUCAUGAAGCCGUAGCAUCGCUUUUUGCUACGGACGGUACAGGUCGAGACAUUUUCCGCCUUUGUAUGUCCUCAUUGCGAUUUUAUACGCUUCUGCUAUGUCUUCGUUUUAACAACCCAGAAGACAGAAAUGACAGGAAAAAAACAGAUCCAGGUUGUAUAGUCACAGACAUUAUAAAUAUUUUCAACAAAAAUUCCCAAGCAAACUACUCAAUUGGAGCCAAUGCAACUAUAGAUGAGAUGCUGGUUGGUUUUCGCGGUCGCUGUGCAUUCAAGAUGUACAUUCCAAGUAAGCCCAAUAAAUAUGGAUUGAAAAUGCAGUGCCUUGCAGAUUCGAAAACACAUUAUGCACUCAACACCUAUUUAUAUUGUGGCAAAAAUUCUGAUGGCCUUACAUUGACUGCGGAAGAAAGAAAAUUUCCAAUACCAGUGCAAGCUUGUGUGCGAUUAUGCAAGCCAAUUUUGAACUCAAAUCGUAACAUCACGACAGACAACUGGUACACUUCCAUGGAACUAGUAAAUAUAAUGAAGUCCAAAGGUCUAACCGUCGUUGGAACAAUGAGGAAAAAUAAGAGGGAGAUUUCGAAAGACUUUUUACCUCACAAAAGUAGACAAGUCGGGUCAUCGCUUUUCGGAUUUACAAAAGAUACGACAAUGGUGAGCUUUGUCCCAAAGAAAAACAAAUCUGUCGUCCUCGUUUCUUCUAUGCACCAUAAUAACACUGUCGAUGAUAAUACAAGCAAGCCUGAAAUUAUCCUUCACUACAAUAGCACAAAAGGUGGUGUGGAUUCUGUCGACCAAAUGUGUUCUGUUUAUUCAAGUAGUCGCAGAACUCGUCGUUGGCCAAUGCCUGUUUUCUAUAGGUUAUUGGAUAUGAGUACACUGAAUGCUUACAUCAUCCAGCAGAGCCACGAAAGAGCCGCGAAGAUGACGAGAAUGAUGUUUUUGAAAGGGCUUGCCAAGAUUAUGUGCGAACCCCAUAUGAAAGAGAGGUAUUACACCCAAAAACUCCCUGUGCAACUGAGGAUGAGCAUUGGUACGAUUCUGAAACUCCAACCAGUAGCUCAAGACAGUGAUGAAUCCUUAAAGUUGGAGAGAAACAAGAGAAAAAGUUGCUCUUUGUGUCCGCCAAAUAAAAAAGCAAAAACUGUACACCUGUGUGGCAAGUGCAAAAUGCCUAUUUGCUUGACUUGUUCAAAACCAGUUUGUUUUUCAUGCCUUUAA